GUUACCUCCGUUACGUCAUCACGCAGCGUAAACAACACCCUCCUGCAGCCUGCAGCGUGACAGCUGAGAUGACAGCAGAUAAAGUCUAAAGUGUUUGUUCUGUUUGUUAGUUUCUACUCUAACUGGAUUAAAUGAGCAUUAAACAGAAACUCUUCAACAUCACAUCAUUGAAUCAAAGAGGAGAUCCGUGAUUUACAGAUAUGGGGGCCCUGAUAUCCAGAUGGAAGACAAAGCCAACCACAGUUGAGCAGCUGGAGAACAUUGAUAAGGAGAUUAAAGACCUGGAGGAGUUCAGAGCCAAAAAUCAACGUCUGCAAAAGCUGUGGGUCGGCAGGUUGCUUCUCUAUUCGUCAGUCCUGUACCUGUUGACCUCUCUGGUCGUGUACUGUCUCUACCUACCUGAACAAUGGCUGUGGAGAAUAGCCAUGGCACUGCCUUUCUUCAUUUACCCAGUGCUAGUGUGGCUCAUCAGGAGGUUGUUGGUCUUCCUCUUUUCCAAACGAACUGAGAGAAACAAUGAUAAACUGGAAGAUUUAAAGGUUUCCAAAAAAAAGAUUCUGGAGGAAGUGAUGGAAACAGAGACGUACAAAAACGCCAAACUCAUCCUGGAACGCUUUGAUCCCGAAGCUAAGAAGAAAGCUGAGCUAGAGUCGACUCCGGUGCGUCCUCAGAUGACUCCCAGGCCAGGACAAGAGAUUCGACAGAGAGGGAUGCCAAUGAGACCCAUGCCGAUGGGCACCCCGGGUGCAAUGGCAAUGACUCCCCAACCUGGAGCACGGCCCCUUUUGGGACCAGGGGGCACACCUGUGGCACCUGUCCCUCUUACAGCUCCAGGAGGACCGCCGGAGAGAUCUGCUCUGUCUGCCUCCGUCCUCCAUGGGGCAUCACCCAGGACGCCCUGCUCUCCUAUACCAGGAGUAGGCAUGCACCCACCAGGUCCUCCAUUAGCAAGACCCAUUCUGCCCAAAGACAGGGGAGCCGUGGACCGAGUCAUCGAAUACCUGGUAGGGGACGGACCCCAGAACAGAUACGCUUUGGUCUGCCAGCAGUGUUUCUCUCAUAACGGCAUGGCUCUGAAAGAAGAGUUUGAAUAUCUAGCGUUCCGUUGUGCGUAUUGCUACUUCCUGAAUCCGGCCAGGAAGACGCGCCCUCAGGCUCCCAGGCUUCCAGAGUUCAGCUACGAGAGGAGGCUGCGAUCAGAAUCGCGUUCCCCUGGACCAGUGCCGCGUUCCCCUGGACCAGCGCCGCGUUCUGGGACGGACACAGGGGAGAGUGCACCCCCCUCUGGAGCUAAGGCUCCGGCUCCGUGGAAUUUGGUGCACAGUUUCCAGAUCCAGCAGAGUCCAAAGAACCCUCAGACCCGACCUCUGCAGAGUCCAGAUGAGAGAGAGUUUGGGGAAGAGGAAGGACCCACUAAAGAAGUAGAGAGUGAGAGCCAAUCAGAGGAGCAGCCGCAGCAGCAGCCGCAGCAGCAGCAGCAGCAGAAGGAGGAAGAGGAGGAAGUGGUUCAGGAGGAGGAAGAGGUGGAAUCAGAGCAGAGUCACGGCGCCCCCCGUGAGACGGAGUCUCAGCCCUCGUAGCUGCAGAGAGUCCAGAACAGGACCAGAGACGUUGGAUCAUUCGCUCCAAACAGAAGGUGGCCGUGAUAGAUGGGUGGCAUUUUAAAGCAAUAUAGAUGGACAAGGAUUGUAGUUUAAUGAUAUUGUUCUUCCUUACAACCAAAAACUACAUCAACCACACUCGUGUUUCAGUUUCAGGAGUCUACAUUUUUCACCGUCAAGACCACUGUCGAUUAUUUUCUAGAUGAAUCGAUCAGUUGUUUGGUCGAUAAAAUGGUGAAAAAUGUCGCUCAAUGUUUCCCUAAAGCCCAAGAUGACGUCCUCAAAUGUCUUGUUUUGUCCACAACUCAAAGAUAUUCAGUUUACUGUCAUAGAGGAGGAAAGAAACCAGAACAUAUUCAUAUUUAAGAAGCUGGAGUCAGAGAAUUUAGCUCUCAAAAACGUACUGCAUUGUGUUCAUCAUAUAAUUGUAAAAUUGUCCAGCGAUAUUGCCUAAAAUGAUGCCGACAUAUCACAGCCAGCAACAGUUCUGUUGGUUCAGUGGGAAGGUGUCAGAUUGAUGAUUGUAGUUUGAAUCCUAACGCUGGUUCUCCAUGGAGCAGUUGGCUGUAAUGAUAACGCUCUACUAUACGUGGUGACUGACUGAGGUCAUUUUUCAGUAUUCUAUAAUUUACACUAUAAGGUUCUUUUAGGUUUGGAGCAGUUGGCCGGCUGCUGUGUGAGUCGUUAAUGACAAGUUGUGAUUUUAGGUAGAACUGCUGGUUCACAGCGAGUUUGUCCUCAGAUGAAGCAAAAACUAAAACUUGAAUCUGAAUUCUCUCUUUGAUUCCGACUCCACUCAGCGUGGUGUCGGUAUAUUCUGCUGAAUAUCACAGUUUAUUAUGAUUAGGGAUGCAUUUCCAGCCAAUACCAAUAAUUAUCUGUUUCUCAUGGCCGAUAAAAUAACCGAUAAAUUCACACUUUUAUAUAUCGAACAGAAGUUCAUAAUCUGUUGUUUAUUAUGCACAUCUGAAGGUGAGCAAAGAUAUUUAAUAUUUCAUAGCUCUGACUGACAUCACUGUAGUUAACAACAAAAACAAAGAGCAGCUCUGACUCUGCAAAUGUUCAUUUAUUUAUUCUUCUUCUUCUUCACAAACUAACUUUAAAGGUGCACACCGCCACCUUCUGGUGUAGAUGCUGCAUUUGUUAAGUCCAUAAAAGCAGUUUGGCUUCGUAUUAUCAGCC